UUCAUAUUUUUGCUAACUGCUCGACACAGGUAACUCGAUCUUCAUUCGUUAGAUUCCCUCACAUACCUACAGUUGUUCUUAACGUUUAACAUUCUCGUUUACCGCAGUAUACUCUCAUUCGAUUUAUAAUGGCAACUAUCAGUUACUACUUUAUUGUUUUAUCUGUCUGUGUUGUCUGUACGUUUGCAGAUGGUAGAUUCAAAAAAGAUGACUUAGCUCUCUAUACAAGAUUUACGGACUCGGGUGCUAUGUUUUUGGUAUCUGAAGACGGUAAAAAUCCGCAAAAUGACUAUCGAAGUACAUGGCCCGGUCAUGGUAAUAAAGAUGCGAUAUUUUUUAUAAAACCACAUCUUCCUGUCUACGAUAAUGUUAUCAAACAGCUCGACGAAAUGGAGAUAGACGAUGAGGAGAAGUACAAAAUUCGUAUGCUUUUUUAUCCAAAUGAUUGGCGCUUUGGAGAAAUUGAAGUAGAGGAAGUACAAACUCCGAUCUAGACUUUAAUCUUAUUGGUUUGGGCAUUAAUAAAUUUAUUAUAUUAUUAUGUUAUGUUACUGAUGUAUGAUUAUAUUAUUAUACUAAUUUUAAUGAUACUUCUCGGAAUGGAAAAAAAGAAAACCUUAUUCUAAGUAUGAAUAAAAUAAUAAAAUCACAAUUGUCGA